UAAGUCACAAAGUAAAUUCGACUUUAGUGCUGUUUAGCCUGUCACUAAGAGAUACAUGGAGCUAUACCAAAGUCGUACUCAUAAUAAAUCAUUUUCGCUUCUCAGGUUUGCUCUGAUCCACCAUCUGAAGCUGCCUUCCAACUGGGCUGCAGACCGCGGUGUAGUCGUUUCGGAUACAAAUUUCUCAGAGACUCGUCACAUUCUUUGAACACCCUACAUUCUUUUCUUCCGAGUCAGUCCGACUCGUCAAGGGCAUACCAUGUCCGUCACCACCCGCCUCGAUAAUGACCAUGAAGUGGUGAUCAAGCUCUCAUCCGAGCACACCCCGUCCCCUAACUCAUCAUUAAUCUUUCCUACCAUCACAAACUUUAGCUCAUCAAACUCCUCUCCUUCAUCCACAUGCUUUUCGCUGGGGCACAUGCCAACUGUCAGAUUCGCACCGCUUCCCUCACCAGACCCUAACCGGAAGCGUUCGAACUUGCCGCUCGGGAUGGCGGCCCGUUCGCGGAGAAGACGUCCCACGCGUGAAGGGCGUCAGCAAGGACGGCCGCUGUGGACCUAUGACCCUGCUGCAGAAGACCCACUGAUCAAGGAUCCGCUUGUCACGUUGGGGAAGUUUGUGAAAAGCGCGAGUAGAAACCUAUGGCGACGCGUGAGAGAGAGGAAUGGGCUUGUAGAUCAGGCGGAGCCUAUCCAACAUGAUGCCGUUCUUGAUAUCAAACCAAGGAAUGGUCACGAGCAGCUGGUGGAAGUGGUGCCAGCACAUAGACAAGCAGUUAUCUCAGAGGUGGGAACGCGUUUUGAGCGCCCUGCGCUUGAUGACAACAACUUGAAGUGGCGGCGGAGAAGGACUACGGGCAGUACUAUGCCUUCUGCUCCAGGCUUACAUUAAUUCUUUCAAGACUUUUUAUGAUAGUUUGAUCUUUCAUGCAGAUAAUUCAUGCCGCUGGCAGAAGCUUUACUGAAGCUUGUCUGCAAAAGUUCCAGGCUCUCAGUGUUGUGCUACUUUUUCACCAGUAAUAGUAAUAGUUGCUAUUGUUGUUACAUCUGCACACACCUCGUCGACGGGGCUUCAGUUUGUCCGUCGUGUGCACUGCAACGUUGCUAUGAUAGAGUGCAGAUAUGAUGA